AGGCUAAUUAAAUGCUUUCCGUUUCUUCCGCGUGACACCUUACGACGUUGGCUUGACUUUACAUUUUACAUCAUCCAAGUAAACCAACCUAUUUAUUGAACAAAACUACUAUUAUUCUAGUUUAACUACCUUAUUCCUAGCUUACUCUAAACCAUUAUCAUAAAGUUCAUCGCCCCGUUUUACUAAUCAAGUCUAUUCUUAACGUACUUCAACCCAACUUUAAACUCUACAAUGAGCCGCUGGUCGCAGUACGAUACCGACGAGGAACGCCUCCCGGAGGGCAUGCAACGUAUCGGCUACGAUGCCGAUACCCAAACCUACACAUUCCGCGACGCCGAGGGAACUAUCUGGGAAAGUGCACCCGGUAACCGAUACGGUGAACUCCAUCGCGUCAAUACGACAUACGCACCUUACGGUGACGAGGAAGCACAUGAUGCAACAGAGCCGCUCCACUCAGCCUCGAAGGGACCAUAUACUUCAUGGCGACACGAGAUGAUGCCCUUACUCAAUUGGUUCUUACUGGUCGGUUUAUUCCUGAUCCUCAUCUUUUGGAUCAUCAGCGGUACAACUAAACCGAUCGAACCGAUUACCUGCGGAGAGCACAGCAGUCCGUACAAGAUCAAGCCAGGCGACACGUGCUGGGCCAUCGCCGAGGGACAUGACGUCCCACUUGAUUCUCUCAUCCACGAGAACGAAGAUCUUGAUUGCGAUAAGUUACCCAUCGGUGGUACGGUAUGUAUCCCAAGGGUCUAGGUCGUCGCUACACCAAGGGUUACAGGGUCUUCUUGUUACCCCAGGGUCCUUAACACAGCAGCAUUAGCUUGUAGGCUUUUGUUGCCGGGAUCGAAUCAUUUGCUUCGCUUCGCUUCGUUGGCGUUUACAGAUACGUACAGGUAGCUGUGCUACAUUUCCACAUUUAGAUUCGCGUCUCAUGCCAGGUUUAUUUCGGCCGCUAUCUUAACUAUUUACUACAUAGUAGAGGAACCUAUGUACAGCUUCGCCAGCUUUGUGUACAUAUGGUUCCCCCUGUUCAGGCCCCAGUCAGUAAUGUAAGCCGGUAUUAGCCUACCCCGUUGAGCUCAUACGAGCUGUUGGGUUCUCUUGGUCGAAGUCGGGCCGUUAAAAAUCAGAUGAGACAACGCCAGCCGUGGCAAUACUUCGUUGCAGUGUUUC